AUGGGGUUCUGUUUCGAUAUAGUUUUGGUAAUAUUGGUGAUGUUAGCUGACUAUACCGUGUCGUCUGAUGAAGAGAAUGGUCCUAACAGUGGUAUCACAUAUAGUGUCGGAGAUCCACAAAGGUGUCUGCAGAGAAGCUUCAACAAAAAACUUAUACGGUACGAAGUACUACCCGGAGGAGGGUGGGACAACUUACGGAACAAACAUGGCGGUCAGGUGAUUUCUUAUAACUACAGUCUAUGUGAAACUACAGGCGACGGCCGCUAUCUGUUACCAGACGGAAUAUACACUGUACCACUAAAGCAGAGUAAUAUGGAAAAUUUCGCCGAGCUGUUCUCACAUUGGCAAAACUACACCUCAACAACAUCUAGCACGAUCAACGCUGAAGCAGGUGUCCAUAUUGAACAUUUCGGAAUAGGAGGAUCCUUCUCGCACGAGACAGAAAGCGUCCGAUCGAGACAGACGAUGGAUAAAUCUGUGACCACUCGUGUCCAAGCAAGGUAUGUUCGAUAUUCGGCCAAAUUACAACCCGACACACCCUUAAAUCCAGCAUUCAAAUCAAGACUUUUGAUAAUUGCAUCGAUGAUAGCGAAAAACCAGACGAAUAUGGCUCGGUACGAAAGUCAGCUUUUGGUUAGGGACUUUGGAACCCAUGUCAUUACCAGUGCUGAUGCCGGGGCAGUGAUAGCACAACAGGAUCAGAUAAAGUCCACGUACGCUCGUUCGUAUAGUAUGGACAAAAGUAAAGUAUUGGCCUCCGCAAGCGCUUCUUUCGAUAGUGUAUUCAGCAUAAAAGGGGAUUACAAACAUUCAACGUCGAAAGAAAUGACUGACCAGUAUCUUAGAAACAGAACAAAUUCCGAAACGUUUGCUAUUGGUGGACAUGUAUUCCAACUACAGAACUUCAGUCUUAACGACUGGGCCAAUAGCAUCGCGGAUAAUCUAGUAGCGGUGGACCGGGCAGGAGAUCCCCUGCACUUCAUCAUAACACCAGUGGCUCUACCUGAACUACCGCCGUCUAUAAUCUACGAUCUUAUCCAGCAUGUGAAGAAAGCUAUCGAUCUCUAUUACAAACAUAACGUCUACAGGGGCUGUACCAAUCCUGAUUCUCCUAAUUUCAGUUUCCAGGCUAACGUUGACGACGGAACAUGUUACAGCCUUUCAAACAACUACACGUUUGGUGGUAUUUACCAGACUUGUUCUUUGUCAGGAAAUAUCCGGUCCAACACGUGUACUGAUCUCGAGCAAAAGAAUCCUUUAACCGGGGAUUACUCUUGUCCACCAAAUUAUGAGGCAGUGUUGAUUGACAGAGGAAAUAAGAACACUCCAAAUACAGUUCGUAGGUGCCAUAGCUGUGGAUUUCUUGGAUUUUCUACCUGUUGUGGGGAUUAUGCAGCCUCCCAAACUGCAUCAUACGCAGGAUAUUGGUGUUAUUCUGCGGGAAAAGUUACUGCCAACACCGGGUACCUUUUUGGAGGUUUGUACACCAGCACCAUCGGAAAUCCACUGACUGGCAGUCGAUCCUGCCCACCAUAUUUCUAUGCCUUGAAACUCAGCAGUACUUUGCGUGUUUGUGUCAGUGAUGACUAUGAACUUGGUUUCCGCUAUUCUCUGCCUUUUGCUGGUUUCUUCAGCUGUAGAACAGGAAACCCCCUGAAGCUAACAUCAGACAAAGAAGACAGACAUCGAAGAAGUAAUAAUGACAUGAUGGUUUUAGAAAUAUUUUUGAUAAGAUCUGGCCCUGCUCAUUGGCCAAGAGGCUGUCCGACUGGUUACAGCGAGCACAUGGCUGUGGUGGUUAAUGGAUGUGAAAUAUCCUACUGUAUCGAGGCAAACGCUUUGAGCAGUGAAGGUCUACCGCCUAUUAUACGACCUCCGUUUAUGGAAAUCCCUAUCAAUGGAUUUUCAGAUAAUUCAAGUAUCAUGAUAAGUGAGGAUGGUUUUUCAUCGUCAGACAUUGAGGACUUCAGUGAUAUCAACGAAAAGCAGGAAGCAGGCAAUCAAAGCCCUGGUAGCGUUCAGGCAGCAGACGACAACGGUUUGUCACCAGGUGGAGUAGCAGUUAUCGCGAUAGCUGUUUCCACGAUUUCUCUGAUAUUUGUUUUUCUGUUAUUUGUUGGUAAGAAAAUCCGAAACAGAAACCGCUCCACGUCUGAGUAUCAACGUCACGUUUCAGAUCAGCUUAUCCAAAACCAACACAGAGAGCAUGGAACUCCAAGCAACCAAACCGAGGUACAUAUAGAGUCUUAGGUGGAAGUCGUGGUCUUCAGGCAAAGGCAAAGUGUUCAACUGCAUAAAUCAUUUUUACGAAGAAUUCUAAUUUUAAGCGGACUUUCCGAUUUCGAUUAUUCCUAUAUAUAGACAUAGCAUCAAAAUAAUCACAUUCACAAUUCCUUGAAAGUUGUAAUAAAUAUCAUGUAUCUUUUAAUGUUUUGAAUAACCGAAAGGAAGCAUUUAUUGACAGUUGUGACUAUCGAUACUGACACUGUAACUAACACUUGUUACAAUAAAUAUUAACAUUUGCACAAAUAACAAAUGCACUUGUAACUAUCAAUACUGAACUUUGUAACUAUUAAUACUGAACUUUGUAACUAUCAAUACUGAACUUUGUAACUAUUAACACUGAUACUUGUGACUGUCAAUACUGUCACUAUAACUAUCAGUACUGACACUUGUAACUAUCAAUACUGACUUUUGUGACUAUAACUUUCAGAACUUGUAACUAUCAAUUAAUGCUAUCACUUAUAACUGUUAACACUAAACAAUUGUACUAUCAAUAUCAACACUUUUACAUGUCAGUGCUGGCAUUUGUAAUUAUUAAUACCGACAUUUCUAACUAUCAUUACUGAUAUUUGCUGCUAUUUUUGUCUCUUAUAACAUUUUAGUGUAAAUUAUCGCUUUUAAAGCAUCAUGUUCAUGUAUUAUGCAUUAUUGCAAAAUGUUCGUACAUCGUAUUCAGUCUGAUAAAAAAGAGCAAACCAGAAAACAAUGCGUCUAUAAAUUUAAUAUUCAUUCAAGUGUCUAUACUUACUAUUAAUAUCUGCUUUAAGACAAGUUGUUGUAAAUAUUUUACACGGUUGUUAUGUCAAUGUGUUAUUUGAUAGAUUAUCAAAAGGGGGCAGAUGUUUUCAUUGGGUAUGAAAAUAAAAUUCUUUAGUGAUUUAACGUAAAGUGUCGGGGGACUUUAAUGCUGAUUUACAAUUUGACAGUAUUUUUGCUUGCAUGACUAUCUGUUACAACGCAUCAUGUGUUUUCAUGUAUCUUUUUUGUUCAGAAUGGUUUCAAAAUUCACAUUGUAGUUCGAUUUUGUUGUAGUAGUAUUAUAGCAAUGUUUUUGUUACACUUAGUUCUUCAUUUUUAAGUACAAACGUGAUAACAUGAUGUACUGGAGACAGGUGUCACUUGUAUAUGUCAUCCAUGACGACAGCUUUGGCACUGCUUUUGAAAUUGAUUUUCUCUUGUUUUAAUUUUCUUAGUAAU